AUGGGUUCGAAAAUCGAGUAUGUAGAUUCUUCACAAAUUUACGCGACAAAUUACGUGAGGAAUUCGAAAGCCAUCGGCGUCCUGUGGGCGAUUUUUACCAUUUGCUAUGCCAUCAUCUUAGUGGUGGCUUUUAUCACUCCAGAAUGGAUUGGUAACGUCGAAGGUGAAAAUCCUGGGAAAUUUGGUUUGUGGUCUGUAUGCAAUGCCGAAGAAACUGGAGAAAUAUGCUCUGGAAGGUUAGACGAAAUAAUGAAUAUGCCCAAUAGGGCUUUUCAAGCAGCCACUGCCCUAGUAGGCACAGCAACUGUAGCGGCUAUUUUGGCAAUAAUCGCAAUGAUUUUGUUCUUUUUUUGCCACUCGACUACAGUUUUUUAUGUUUGUGGCUGGAUGCAGACUGUAUCAGGUGCUGCCUUGAUUGCCGGCUGCGCCCUCUACCCUUACGGAUGGUCGCACGACUCAGUUCAAAAAAUCUGCGGUUCAUCUGAUAAAUAUAUUUUUGGAGAUUGCGGAGUGCGUUGGGCCUAUUUGCUGGCAGCUAUAGGCUGCUUGGAUGCCAUAAUUCUAGCUACUUUAGCCUUUAUUUUAGCUACAAGACAUGUUACCCUGCAGGCUGAACCUAAUUAUUCACCUGCCAGUUUGUACAAAGGUGAGAUGAAUAGCGCCUACGUGAGCGAUUCGGCCAGUGUAGCGGGUUCCAGAAAGUCUCUGAGCAUUCAUCCAGUAUUAUUAAUGCCUCCAGGUCAGGACGAUGCGUAUUCGCAAUUUUCCCAGAGGACAGUGCCACGUUCCGUACAUUCUGGACACUAUUCGCAUCCACGUUUCCAAUUGUAA